AUGGCAGAGACCGCACCCGCAGCACCCGCUCCGACUAAAGCCAAGGCCCCCAAGAAGAAGGCCGCAGCCAAGAAGAGCGAUGGCCCCAACCUGACAGCCCUCAUCAAGGCCGCCAUCGCGGAGUCCAAGGAGCGCAAAGGCGUUUCCGUGGCCGCCGUGAAGAAGGCGCUGGCGGCGAAGGGCGUCGAUGUGGUCAAGGCCAACAAGCGCAUCAACAACACCCUGAAGAGGAUGGUGCUCAACGGCGUAGUGAGCCAGACUAAAGGCACCGGGGCCUCCGGCUCCUUCAAACUGGCCGCAAAGGAAGCCAAGCCUAAGACCGUGAAGAAGGCCCCCGCCAAAGCCAAGAAGCCCGCUGCAAAGAAAGCGACCACCCCCAAGAAGAAGGUGGUGAAGAAGGUCAAGUCACCUGCAAAGAAAGCUGCCAAGAAGCCCACAGCAAAGAGCCCCAAGAAAGUGACCAAGAAGCCCGCAGCAAAGAGCCCCAAGAAGGUGGCUAAGAAACCCGCCAAGAAGGUGACUCCCAAGAAGCCCAAGGCCGUGAAGAAGAGCCCCAAGAAGGCAGCUCCCAAGAAGGCAGCUCCCAAGAAGGCCAAGAAGUAA